UCCCCACCUUUCCCCCCACACCCUUGCUGGUCGCCGUCUUUGCCUUGCUCUCUCCCCCCCCACCCUACCCCUACCCCUCCCACCGUCCGCCGCUUCUCCCCUCCCCCUCCGGCGAAUUCGCCGCGCCGGCCCGGAAAACCCCACCCACGCUGCCUCGUCCGGAGCCGAAGCCCCAGUUUUUGACCCCGUCUCCCCGGAUCUCCCUCCCCGCCGGCCCGCCCGCUUCGAUUCGUUUCGUUUCGUUUCAUUUCCAUCCCUUUCCAUUUUUCCUUUGCCUCGUUCGGCUGUAAGUACAUAUCCGCUCGGUCGGCGCCCGGAUUUCUCGGCGGCGUGUCUGGAUCUGGCCCCGUGAGGCGCCCCGCGCCCCGAAUCCCGGCUCGAAUCGCGGCGGCGGGUUUGGAUCUCGCGGGACCACGGGAGGCGGGGAGACAGGGCCGUUGAUUCGUCGGGAAGGCAGCGGUAAUCGGGGAUGGAUCACAUCGUCGGCGGCAAGUUCAAGCUCGGCAAGAAGAUCGGGAGCGGAUCCUUCGGGGAGCUCUUCCUCGCCGUGAAUGUGCAGACCGGAGAGGAGGUCGCCGUCAAGCUGGAAAAUGUCAAGACCAAGCACCCGCAGCUCCAUUACGAGUCCAAGCUCUACAUGCUUCUCCAAGGAGGAACUGGCAUUCCGCACCUCAAGUGGUUUGGCGUGGAGGGGGAGUAUAAUGUGAUGGUGAUUGAUCUUCUUGGACCCAGCCUUGAGGACCUCUUCAACUACUGCAGUAGGAAGUUCUCGCUCAAGACCGUGCUCAUGCUCGCCGAUCAGAUGAUUAACCGAGUUGAGUACAUGCAUCAAAAGGGAUUUCUUCACCGUGACAUAAAACCUGAUAAUUUCCUUAUGGGGCUCGGAAGGAAAGCCAAUCAGGUAUAUAUAAUCGAUUAUGGACUGGCAAAGAAAUUCAGAGACCUUCAGACUCAUAAGCACAUCCCCUACAGGGAGAACAAGAAUCUCACUGGAACUGCACGCUAUGCUAGUGUCAAUACCCACCUUGGAGUUGAGCAAAGCAGGAGAGAUGAUUUAGAAUCACUUGGUUAUGUACUUAUGUACUUCCUCAGAGGCAGCCUGCCAUGGCAGGGGCUGAAAGCGGGCACUAAGAAGCAGAAAUAUGACAAAAUUAGUGAGAAGAAAAUGCUUACUCCUGUGGAGGUACUCUGCAAGUCUUAUCCUUCAGAAUUCAUUUCUUACUUUCACUACUGUCGAUCAUUGCGGUUUGAAGACAAGCCAGAUUAUUCGUACCUAAAGAGACUGUUCCGUGAUCUCUUCAUCAGGGAAGGAUACCAAUUUGAUUAUGUAUUUGACUGGACCAUUUUAAAAUAUCCCCAGAUAGGCUCCAAUCCACGAAUGAGGCCAAGUGAAAGAGUCAGUGGAGCUGCUGGACCUUCUAUCGACAAGAUAGAGAAGGCCCCAGGCGAAGCAUCUGCUCGAAGGAAUCCUAGCGCUUCUCUGAAUCAGAGCGACAACCAUGCAACCAGACCACGGGAAACUGUAUCGAUGUCAUUAAAGGAGAUCAUGCACAGCACAGACCGGUCUGGCGAAAGGACCGUGGAGAGGACCACGGAGAGACCUCGUACAUCCUCCCGUACAGGCAGUGCGUCGAGGAGAGCAGUUGCAUCAAGCAGCAGGCCUGGGUCAUCCAUGGAACCAAGCGAGCAGCAGUACAGCCGGACGAGCAGGUUGUUCUCCAGCAGCAAUAACGGCGGCAGCCGCCCGUCCAGCACCCAGAGAGUCAAUCCUGGAGUGGGCGAGUCAAGGGCCACGUCCCUGUCGCGUGCGGCGGUCGCAAGAGGGUCGCGCGACGAGCCCCUCCACCGCAGCCUCGAGCUCCUGUCCCUCGGCACCGGUAAGAGGAAAUAACAGGAAGGGAACCCGAGAACUUCCGAUGGAAGAAGGAACAACGCUGUUUGCGACUCUGUAAAUGACAGGAUACCACCACCCUAUUCGUCAACAGUCCACCUGGAGCAUCCCAUAAUUCCAUGGUGCUCCAGCCUGUUGGUCGUAUCACCACCAUCAUUGUUUGAUAGAUAGCAAUAAUUUGCUGCCGCUGUUGUUGCUGCUGUUGGUUGUUGUUGUCGGUCGUCGGCGUGUGUGCGUUAGGGCCAAGUCCUAGCUUCGUGGUGAUUAAUUUAGAGGUGGUCAAGAUUCAACAUAUUUAUGUUUCUUUAUUACCUUCCCGCUGGGACUUGGCAAACUUUUUCGGAGACUUUGUUGUAUUACUCUUUCUCUUGUUUGUUGCAACCUCUGGAUCUGCUUGUUCAACGACAGGAAGUUGAUGAAAGUAACUUCCGGUAUAAAAA